AUGGCUCCUCAAAUCGUCCUAAUGACUGGUUGCUCAACUGGAAUGGGUCUCGCGAUGGUGCAACGUCUCGCCCGAGAUCCCGACCACCGAUUCAUCAUCAUUGCCACCGUGAUCGCUAUGUCGGAGAAGACUGACCUCGAGGCAGCUGUCAAGGACGACAUCGAUAAGACAGUUUUCAUCAAGGAAUUGGACAUCACAAAAGAUGACAACAUCACCGAAGUCGUUGAGAAUGUCAUCAACGAUCAUGGUCGAAUCGAUAUCUUGCUCAACAUCGCUGGUCUUGCAAUCGUCGGGAUUCCCGAAAGGUUAACGCGGGAGCAGAUCGAUAAGACCUUCGGCGUGAAUGUUAUCGGGACUAUCCGACUGACCCAGGCCGUCCUGCCUCGCAUGAAGGAGAAACAGUCGGGAAAGAUCAUCACAUUUUCCAGCAUAGUCGGCAGAAUAGGAGUUCCAUACAAUGAACUUUACUCUUCUUCCAAGUUCGCCGUAGAGGGCUUCUUUGAAGGCUUAGCCGCAGGCCUAAGGGCAUUCAAUAUCAGGGUGUGUCUAAUAGAACCACGACAAGUUCAGACCGAACUCUUUGAUGGGAUAACAACCGGUCUCAAGGCAUCCUCCGAGGACGAGUCCGCCUUCGACAUCGAUCGCCGGCAGCUUCGGAAGAUGCUCGCUCGCAUGGAGGCAGGCGCACCGCCCCUAACUCGAGAGGACAUCGUCGACGCAGUGAUCACCAGGUGCAUAGAUGUUGAGAAACCCGUCUUCCGACAUUUCCUAGGCGGGAGGCUGAAUGAGGUCUUGCCGAACACCUUGGGAGACCUGACAGGCGAAUCCACCCUUGCCAUUUGGGGCGCUGAGGCUGUUAACUCGCCCUGAAAAGGCCUGAAUAAUGUUAAGCUUCAGUUUUAUUUUUUUUUCUCCCUUCCAACAGAACAGCAUACAAAAUCCAUAGAAAACAAUUAUAAUAAACAAUUCUAGGAAAUGAGUUUGAAGCUGUUAACACCCCUGAAUAAAAUCCAUUUUUAGUUUAAUU